GGGAGGAGGUGCCGGCUGCUGAUUGACCGCCUCCUCCUCCUCCUCCUCCUGUGAUUGGGGGCUCCAGACUGUGGGCGGACUGACCCGCAGCUCUGACCGGGGGAAGCGAACACCGUCAAUGACACAGGAUCCUGGAUCAGCUGCUCGUGUGUUCGAUCCCCACUCGACAACACCCCCUGACCCGCAGGAGCAUCGCACCGUCUCCUGAGGAGUGAAGUCCCAGCAGCUUCCCGGCGUCUUCAGCCUCCGGUUCAGACGGUGUCUCGCCCCCUGGUUGUCCGCAGGCACCAUGAACUCUCUUCCGGGCAGAGCAGCGCUGUCUCUGUGCAGGCGCACGGCCGCCGGCGGGCUGAGGAUCCUCGCCGGUUCCCCGGGGCACCCCGCUGGGAGCCUGCCGGCCUCGGUCCAGGCCGUGCGGGUCUGCCACUCCGGGAAGAACCGCAAGGGCAGCGUCAGCACCAAGAAGCGAGGCUACGACAUCACCAGAAACCCACACCUCAACAAGGGCAUGGCGUUCACCCUGGAAGAGCGCCUACAACUGGGCAUCCACGGCCUGCUGCCGCCCUGCUUCCUCUCCCAGGAUGUGCAGGUCCUGCGGGUCAUGAAGAGCUACGAGACUCGCACCAACCCUCUGGACAAGUACAUCCUGUUGAUGACACUACAGGACAGAAACGAGAAGCUGUUCUACCGUUUGUUGACCUCUGACAUCGAGGAGUUCAUGCCCAUCGUGUACACGCCCACCGUCGGUCUGGCGUGUCAGCAGUACGGACUGGCCUUCAGGAGACCACGAGGACUCUUCAUCACCAUCCAUGACAAAGGACACGUCGCCUCCGUGCUCAACUCCUGGCCAGAAGAAGACAUAAAGGCCAUCGUUGUGACAGAUGGGGAGCGUAUCCUCGGACUUGGGGACCUGGGCGGCUACGGGAUGGGGAUUCCUGUCGGGAAACUGGCGCUCUACACAGCGUGCGGUGGUGUUCGCCCACAGAAUUGUCUCCCGGUCCUGCUGGACGUCGGCACUGACAACCAGACGCUGCUCAAUGACCCACUGUACAUUGGACUGAAGCACAAGAGAAUCAGAGGAAAGGAAUACGACGAUCUGGUCGAUGAGUUCAUGCAGGCGGUGACGGACAAGUACGGGAUGGACUGUCUGAUUCAGUUUGAGGAUUUCGCCAACAGCAACGCUUUUCGCAUCCUCAACAAAUACAGGCAUCGAUACUGCACCUUCAACGAUGACAUCCAAGGCACGGCCUCAGUAGCUGUUGCCGGAGUCUUAGCUGCUCUGAAGAUCACAAAGAACCAACUGUUAGACCACACUUUUGUUUUCCAAGGAGCAGGCGAGGCGGCUCUGGGAAUCGCUCACCUGCUCAUCAUGGCCAUGGCCAAAGAGGGAGUAACCAAAGAGGAAGCUGCCAAGAGGAUCUGGAUGGUCGACUCCAAAGGUCUCAUUGUGAAGGGAAGAGGACAUUUAAACCAUGAGAAGGAGGAGUUUGCCCACGACCACCCGCACCUGAAGACGCUGGAGGAGGUCGUGGAAACCAUCAAACCCACCGCCAUCAUAGGCGUGGCUGCUAUCGCGGGAGCAUUUACUGAGAAGAUCAUCAAAAACAUGGCGGCCUUCAAUGAGAGGCCCAUCAUCUUCGCCCUGAGUAACCCCACCAGCAAGGCGGAGUGCACGGCAGAGCAGUGCUACAAGCUGACAGAGGGUCGCGGCAUCUUCGCUAGUGGAAGUCCCUUUGACAAGGUGACGCUGGCUGAUGGACGCACCUUCUACCCCGGGCAAGGAAACAACGCGUAUGUCUUCCCUGGAGUGGCUCUGGGUGUUAUAGCCUGCAGGGUCCGCCACAUAUCUGACGACGUCUUCCUCACCACAGCAGAGGCGAUUGCUGACAUGGUAACAGAGGAGCACUUGGCUGAGGGACGACUUUAUCCUCCUCUGAGCACCAUCAGAGAGGUGUCCUUCAAGAUAGCAGUUAAGAUUGUCAAUUAUGCGUACAAACACAACAUUGCUUCGGUGUACCCCGAGCCUAAAGACAAGGAGGCGUUUGUGCUGUCUCACAUCUACAGUCCUGAUUACGACUCCUUCACUCUGGACACAUACAACUGGCCACAGGAGGCCAUGAACGUCCAGGAUGUGUGAUCAGUCAGUGUCUAAACUCAACACUCUGCCGUGGCAUCACGCACAAUUUCUGCAUUGCCUCCAUAAAUACAUACUUAGCUAAUGAUAUGCAACUUUUUUUUUUAUUAUUAUUGUUACGGUUCGUUUUUUUUGUAAUGAUAUUGUCUCUAUAGCGCUUAUUUUUGACUAGAUGCCCAUCAAACACUGCAUAAUGCUGUAUAUAAAGAUUCUCUAUGACCCCGUUCAUGCCUGGUAUUAAAUGAACAUCUGUCCUGAGUGAUCCGAUCACAAGUGGUCGUGUGAGAUCUCACAUCCAGAGGUGGUCUGAGAUGCCUGUGGCCUCAGUCUGUUUGCUGUGUGAAUGAAAAUCCGUCCUGGAUCACAUAUGAAGGAUCAGCAGCUGCUCAGCUGACGUCUCUGACCUGCUGCAGUUUCACAAUGAGUUCAAUGUAUUUUUGCGGCUCUCUGUGACCGUGUCGAUUAGUUUCUGGCCCCAACAUCAACACUGAUCAACACAGAAUGACUGAGGCUUUUCUUAAAUUGCUCAAAACCUUCGUCACAGUAGAUCUGCAGCUCGUUGUGUUCAGCCCCUCCUGACUCUUUUAAGUCGAGACACACACACACACACACACACACACACACACACACACACACACACAUUGUCAUGUGACACAUCUGUAAACUCAGACUGGGUAAAAACGAAAUCAUUUGGUCCCCACCAACACAAAUGACAUACAUGUUUAUUUGCAUAUAAGCGUGGUAGUAAGAUCCAAUCCCAUUUUGGUGCUAAUCUCUUGUGAUCGGCUCUCUCAGGACGUCUGUUACUUCCAGAUCUGAACGGAACCUUUCACACACAGCAUAUCAAACAUCCAGACCGUGUCAUCUGUUACUCUACAACUGAAACUGCUCCUCUGUCACUAGAUUCUCCAGCUGAGAUGUUUUACUGUAGUAUGCAAACACGUGCAGUGAAUUAUCUGUUUCGGAGCUGGUGCACAGGAAACAAAGCGGUGGUUUAGAAUGAUGAAGAGACCGACAGAAACAUCCUGUGCCUCUUCUUUCACCGUCAGUGAGUGCGCAUGUUGUAACCUGCACACACACACAUGCAUACACUGACAAACACUCCAGCAUCAUCCUGAGUUUCUAUUUCACUGUGAUCGUCAGUUAGGGUUAGGGUCUUUAGUAUGUUCAGAGGAGGCUUUGUCAGAGACUGAGUGUGAUCGUCAGGACGUUUCUUUUGUAAACAGAAGUGUGUUUUCCUUCAGUUUUGUACUCUGCUCUGCCUGUCGUGUGUUUGCCAAAGUUACAGAUGAGAUGGAUCUUAUCUUAUUUUACUCUUAGAGAAUAUGAUGCUCAGCGCGCUUUAGUACCGAAAUACAAGCUUGAAGUUUUCAAAGGAAAAAUGAAACUUUUUAAAUAAAAUUGUUAUCUCAA